AGGAGGCGAAGGACACGACGUAGUUUUAAGCGUGCGCAUGCGUGGCUCCCUCCGGCCUGCCCCGCCCACUAAGCUCCCCUCGCGCCAAACGGGCAACCGUCGAGUGCGAGGGCAGGAUGGGAAAUGGAGGCCUCAGCUAGCGAGAGCGGCCGGGGAGCCGAAGGGGCUUCCGAAAGGCUGAGCCGCCAGCUUGAGGUGAGUCGGGCGCGUCUCCCCCCCCCCCUUCCUCCGACUGAGGCGAGGCCGGGGAAGGGGCUUCCAGUCCGUGCGGGCUGGCGGAGGGGGCGCAGCGGCCCCUCCCAUAAUGCGUCUUGCGAGAAGGCUGAGAGAAAGCCGGCGACAGCUGCCGGCACGUACUUUGCAAUAGGCUAGUCCUCAUGGAGCCGCGUCGCAUACUCUCUCGGAGGGCGCUAAAUUCGGUGGGGGGGGGUUUAAAGGUUCAGGAGGAGAGAGGACUCCUUCCGAGCCCCCUUUUUAAAAAAGUAACUGGCUGUGAAGGAGGGCGGGGUCGGUCGGUGGGAUGAGGAGGAUGUUCUGGCAGGUGCAGCUUGUCGCUAGGAAGCUGCUCCACUGUGGAACUCCCUGCCACAAGAUGUGGCGGUGACCCCUUGCUGGAGGUGGCUUUCAGUGGGUAGGUUUCUUGCAGGCAGCAAAAGGGAAGGUCGCAGCGUUUGCAGCUUGUUAAUUCAGAGAGAAGGCGAGUAAGAGGCAGCGCGAUAGGAGAUCAUGAAGAAAGUGGGUUUCUCUGCCUCUCCAAAAACCAGGACUCGCGUGGACAGACAAAAGAAAGUACCUCACGCCGUGUGUUGCUAAAUUACAGAAUUCCCUCCCUCAGGAUGUAGUGUUUGCCACCAACUUGGAUGGCUUUAAAAGAGAAUUAGACAAAUUCAUGGAGAAGGAGGAGGCUAUCAAUGGCUACUAGCUAUGGUGGCUGUGUUCUGCCUCUAUGGUCAGAGGUAGUAAUGCUUCUGAAUAUCAGUGGCUUGUAGAUUUCCCACAGGCACCUGGUUGGCUGCUGUGAGAACAGGAUGCUGGACUAGAUAACCCUUGACUCUAUGCUAAUUUAGCAUAUUGGCCUCAAAAACGUGUUUUCUCCUUGGUUAUUCAUUUGCAGUGAAAGACUAUGUUUUACUUGGUACUUAAUAAGGUAAAGGUAAAGGGACCCCUGACCAUUGGUACUUAAUAGUGGGCUGUUAAAUUCAGUUUUUAAGAAAUCAGAUUUAGCAUGCUUGAAUUCAACUUUAAUUUUAAACCGUCUAUUUUUAAUUGAUAUUAAAUUAAAAUAAUUAGUUAAAUUCUUAAUUUUGUUCCAUUCUAACUUGACAGGAUUUUUACAUGCUAAGAAUGCUUUCCAGUCUGCAGUGUGCUGGUUAAUGCAGCACAGAGAGCAGAAGAGAAGCAUUUUUCAACAGAACGUGCAUCUUAGGCAUCAUAGGUUUUGCAUUCCAAUUGCAGGUGCAGAAAAUGCAAGCAGCAGUUCAGUGGUAACUUAAAUAAAGUCUGACCUAGAGCCUUGAUGCAAGUAUGCAUGUGCAACUUCCAUAUUUGCAUGUCCAUGCUGUUGAUGGUUAUUUUAAUUCCUCUGUAAGACAAGAGCACAGAUUUCAUUUCAGACAAGGAUUUAAUUCUUGGGGCCCUACAAUCUUCAAGUCACCUUAAUAGACUGUUAAACAUUACUUUUAAUCAUAUUUUCCAGUUUCUUUCCCGGACCUUGUUAAAUUGACUUUGCCAUAGCCUUGAGUAAACAAUUUACACCACACCUGACAAUUAGUUUUACAACUAGUUCUCAAAGAGAAUUGAAUUGCUCUGUUUGGGAGGAGGGUUGUUCACCCUUUAUUUCUGAAUUGGGCUCCUCAAAUGGCACAGGCUAAAAAUCUAAAUCUAGUAGCCAUGUUUUGCUCUUUCAUGAAAAGGCCUGUGUUCUUGGAGAUGAACUGUACCAGAAUACACAACGUCCUUAGGCAAAACACACAGGUUCCUUUCAAGGUGGAGAACAAGUAUAAAGAUAAACAGUCCUUAUGUAAACAGAGGAAGGAACUUGUAAACCUGAAGGAAAUGACCCUCAUAAUAUACCCACAAUAUUCUAACUGAAACCUUACCCAAGUUAAGCGGCAGAUUGUGAAACCUUUAUUCUGAAUGUGGUUGGUUAAUUGUUGAUGCAGGAGAAGUGUUUCAAGUUGUAGUGACCCCUCAAAAGGGCAUAAAUUCAAAGGGUGGAUUUCAAGUUUGUACUAAUACACUUGUUCUGUCAGCAAAAGUGUUUCUGCUUGCUGGAUGGAGCACUCUCCCAUUUCCUUCCCCCCACCAUGCUGGGGUUUUUUCUGACAUUUUGGAGCAUAUUUGGCACAGAAGGAGUGGGUGGGUGGGGAAGUCCCUUUGCAUUAGCGGGAGUCUUUGUGCUGGCUUCCACUAGCAGCACAACAGGUUAGUUGAAUCUAGCCCAGAGUGUUGGGCCAGUAUAACUUUGUAUCCACAUCAUUUUUUAAGAUGCUUUGAUAAUUAAUUUAAAAAAAAACUUUAACAUACUGUUUGGCCAGUACGGAAGACUUUUCAAAGACUUGUAAUAACCUGUCUUAAUAAGCUAGCUUCAUUACCUUAACCACAUACACUUGUGUUCAUAUUGGUAUUCUACCAUUUUCUCUUGCAUCCCCUCACUUUCAAGCCAAUGUGUUGAAAAAUUUUAGUGUAUUAUUUUUAAAAAUAAGGUUUCAGGCAUUUCCAUUAUCAGUUAGCUCACAGGUUCCUAGCCCUAGAGUUCUUACAGUUAAAUAUAGGUGACAUUUCUGUGUAGAUCUUAAUUGUCCUUUUCCCUUCUAAUAAAUUAAUUAUCGGUCUAAUAAUAUUGGUCUAAUUGCAAAAUAUGACCUUGUUCUUUCAUCAGUAUUUUGUGUAAUUCUAUAGUAUAAACAAGUUUUUGAAGACCAGUCUUCGUAGUAUUAAAAAAUUAAAUGGUCUAUCUUUAGGGAUAUCUUCAUAAUUCUAAAUAUUAAGGCACUUUUUAAUCAGUGGGCAUCUUUAUGUCACACCUGUAACUUUUUAAUAUGGCAAAUGAUUCUUCAAGACUAAAGACACAAGGAAAAUAUCAAAAUUUUGUGCUGUAUCAAGACUAUAGGAUGGAUGAUUCCCACAUAUUUUCAGGUUAAACAGUCUUUCAGGAUACUUUGCAUUUAACAAAUAGGUUCUGGUAACUUUUUCUUAGCGAGCAGGAGCUUCCAGCAGUUUCAGUUUGAUAGAUAUUUUUGAGUAAAUAUUGAAAAAGAGCAGUGGAUGGAACUCGCCACAUCAUACAUCAGCUUUCUCAGUAUUUGUCUGUUAAGUUUACGUUGGUGUUACUUUAGUGUAUAAUUAUUUGUUUUUCAAUGCAGAGGCAUCAUGCGUAACUCCAGUUUUAAGUGAAGCAAGAAAGAUUAAUGGACGCUAUGAAGAUACCAAAACCAUUCUACACUUUCGCAGUUUUUACAUGUGCUGCUAUUUAUGUGGUAUAUGUAAAAUGGCAUUUGGACUUUAAAACAAAAGCUGCUGUCAAUGAUUUGGAAAGCCAGCUCAAAAGUGAAACGUCAGGAACAGAUCAGGAAGUUCUUUAUGGAAUCAUGUUUGAUGCUGGAAGCACUGGGACUCGAAUACACAUAUUCAAAUUCACACAAAAGCCAAAAGGUAGGGUAACAUGUUUCAGUUAAGCUGCAAAAUUUGUAUUGGGACAGUACCUUUAUUAGAGCAACUGAAAUGUGGCAGGACAGCAUGCAAGUUUUUGAGUUCUCAACAGUUCUUCAUCAGGCUAGAUAAAGUGGGGGCAAGGAGGGAGAACAAAUGGUUGCUGAUAAAGCCAGGAGCCUGCAUUUUGUAAGAGUCUUAAGAUAAAAUGUGUGAGUAGGCACAAGAGGCUCUGUAAGUGCUAUGCAGGUUUUAGGUGUGAAGACAUAGGUCCUCAGACCAGUUCUGUUGUGUUAUCUGUAUUAUGGCAACAUAGUUUGCAAGGCUUCAUUACUUCAGGAUGAAAGGGAUGUGUUGCUAGUGAAACAUAGCCAAUAGCUAGCUCUUUAUCUUAAUUUUUAUUCUAUACACCUAACCUGGAACCACUGAUAUCUGUGGGGAUGGAGGAGCUUAGCUGAGAUCUAAUUCAAAGGCUGAAUUGGAACAUUGCCUUCAGAUGAUGCAGCCUAAUUACAGUGUUCAUAUGAGCCGUUAAUGUUAACCAUAUUGUGUAGCAGGGUUUCACGUUAAUCCCUGGACAGUGGCGUUAUCUUGGCCUUCAGUGUAUAAUUUUUUUUUAUUGUAGAUUAACUCAAUUCUAUUGUACUUCUUUAACAGAAAUUCCUAAAUUAAUCCAUACCACAUUCAGAGCACUAACGCCAGGACUUUCUGCAUAUGCUGACAGUGUUGAUAAGGUAAUUUGAACUUUACUCGUCAAGAGAAUAUGUCUGUGAUUCUCACUAUCUGUAAUGUGAAAAUUCAGCAAUUUAUGUUACAAUCCUAUCCAUACUUUCCUGGGAGUAAGCACCACUGAGCACACAGACACUUACUGUGUAAACAUAUAGGCAGUGGCACUAUCCAGUUGACACUUUUCCAGUCACUAGGUUACAGAAAUACUGUGCGUACAUUCUGUUAAAUAGCAGUACACUUGGUACUUCAACAAGAUGCCCAAGUCUUGUGGAUUUGCAGCUUUGAAAGGCAUGUCCUACCAGUUUGUAGAACAUUGUGAAGUUCCACUGUGAAGGCUGUUGUGAUGUUGUGCUAAAGGACCAAGUUAUAAGUUAGAGGUUCUUUUAGCUUCAAAAUGUCACUGCUGAGCGGUAAGAACGGAGUCUGACCUUGGCACUCAGGACUACUCAUGUCAAACAGCUGGAACCAAAGUACUUAACACAGACUGACGUGUCCUGGAGAGGCCUCUAUAACUUCCCUGCACCUUUAGCCCUCAGGCCAGAGGCUCUGCACCCUUGCUUUAUUUUGGCUAAAGACUGAUGCAGGAUCUCAGAAUGGUGGUGGCAAAAAAGAUAUUCAUGUAUCUCAAACUGGAAAAUGGGAAGUGAUGAGCAAAACAUGAAUACUAGUGUGUGCGUAUCUCUACCAAAGUCUUCAUUUUUUAAGUGCUAAAAUAGAAGCACAUUUAUUUAUCUAUCUAUCUAUCUCUCCAGAGUGCUCAAGGAAUAAAUGAACUACUGACAGUUGCUAAAGAAGAUGUUCCUCUGGAAUUGUGGAAGUCCACUCCUUUGGUCCUUAAAGCAACAGCUGGCUUAAGACUGCUGCCAAAAGAAAAGGCACAGAAAUUGCUGGAUAAGGUACUUUGCUUCUGCUGUUUUUUUGUAACUAAGUUAGCUGCACAUAUUAUAUACACUAUGCUAUCGGUCUUGCCAAAAUAAUCCAACAUCCAUUCUUCUGUCCACUAGCUAAUAAACUUUGAGGCAUAAAAGUGAACAGCACAGUCUCAAAGAAUGGCUGCAUCAUAAAUGAGUUGUUAUCUGACAGGGUGCAGUUAACAUUCUGGAGACUGAAAUAUAAAAUACAUAGAUGAACUGUGCUUCCUCAUUAUGCACUUUGGAAAGGGUAUCUCUAUAAAUGCCAAACAUGCAGGAUGGAUUACAACAGCAGACUUGCAAAGUUGGCAACAACCUUCUUUAAACCUUGGAGGGGGGAGUCUGUGACAUGACAGCUAAAUGAAGAAAAUCCAAAGUAUCAAGAUAAAAUCCAGGAUAACAUAGCUCACCAAAAAUAAAAGUGAACAGAAGCUAGUCUAUGUUUUCUGGUGAGGAACUCAUGAAAGAAAUGAAGGGAGUCAUCAUACUAAAAAUUCUGAGGUAACACCCUCCUAACUACUCUGCAAAUGCUGUGUUAUUUUGUCUACAAAUGCAAGCUUCCAAACCCUAUCAUAGCAGUUUUGCAUGGUUAAUCUCCACUUCUCCAUAAGAAUGUGAUCUUCAUCUGGACUCCUACCAGGAAAUGGUUUAUAAAUGCUGUACGUGGUUUUUUGUGGGUGUGGAAGGAUGCUUUUUUAAAACACUAAAAAAAUUAGUCUUAUUUCAAAUUUAGGUAAAGGACAUCUUUCAAGAAUCUCCAUUCCUUGUAAGGAGUGACUGUGUCUCUGUAAUGGAUGGAACAGAUGAAGGUAGGGAUCUUGCUUUUGUCUGCAAUUAAGCAAAUUUUCUUUUCAGCGGUUUCAUAAAAUUACUUUUAAUUCGGCAAUAAACCUCUGUGAAACUCAGGGAAGUUGUUGUUGUUGCUAAAUAGUUACACAGCACUGUAUCUCCAUGUGGCAAAUACAGAGCAAAACAAACAAAUAAGCAAGUCCAUGUCUCAGUGAACUUGCAAUCGAAGACCAGCAAAGGCAAGGCAAUUUCCAUUCCUCCUCCAGCUUUGUUGUCAGUUUUUUUCCAUUCAGCCAGACAGCACUCCCUGCCACUGAGUUCUUACAGGUCUGUUUUGAGAGGUCCUCCUUAGGUUUUUUUCUUAAGACUUGUACUUUUUUAAACCUCAGGGUCCACCCGAAUCUGCCAAUUCGUGUGGGCAAGUGCUGCAAUUUUGGCUGCAUAAUAGGAUGCAUUCUCCCCUGAAGAUAAGCUAUUUGUUGCAGCAUGCAUCACUUCCAUUUGCUUACACUAAUGAAUCUCCUCUGCCAUUCUCUUGCUCAUUUGUUCAGUUUGGAGAGACCCUAACUGAGCAAACAUGUCCUGUUUAUGCAUUCAUGUAUUAUGUAUAUUGAUUACUAGAAGUGGAAAACCACUUUGUGUCUAUUCACAUAAUUUCAAUUUUUUUAAACCAGGUAUUUCAGCAUGGAUCACUGUCAACUUCUUAACAGGUAUCUAUAGAAGUAAAUUGUGAUCUGUUAAUGAUGAGCCUUAUGUUUUAUAAUUAUUUAUGUAUCAAAUAUAUAUUCUGCCCUUCCUUCCAAAGGAGUCCAGGGCAGCAGUUUUGUGGCAAUAUAUGCCAUGCUGUGAUCCUUAGUUUGUUCUGUAAAACUACAAGAUUCUCAGCGUAAUUUCAUGCAUUUUUACUUGGAAGUACAGUUGUGUUCAAUGCGGCUUACUCCCAGAAAAGUUCAAAUAUGAUUGUAACUUCCUGAAGACGGUCUGCUUUCAAACCCUAUCCGCAUUUAUAAACUAAUAUGUUGGCAAUAGAGGUAAAUAAAACAACUGUAUGUUAUGACCUUGUAAUACAAAAAAUACACUUCUUGCAUUUGCACCAUAAGUACAAAUAUUUAGCAGUGUUUCAGAGCAGGGUGGCACAUAACACAUUGCUCACUCAGCAGCUAGUUAUUUUGAGUUGUUGAAAAAAGUAAUAUUUGCAAAUGUAUUUUUAAACUACGUGGGGCUACCUUUGAAGGUGACCCGGAAACUACAAUUAAUCCAGAAUGCGGCAGCUAGACUGGUGACUGGGGGCAGCCGCCGAGACCGCAUAACACCGGUCUUGAAAGACCUACAUUGGCUCCCAGUACGUUUCCGAGCACAAUUCAAAGUGUUGGUGUUGACCUUUAAAGCCCUAAACGGCCUCGGCCCAGUAUACCUGAAGGAGCGUCUCCACCCCCAUCGUUCUGCCCGGACGCUGAGGUCCAGCGCCGAGGGCCUUCUGGCGGUUCCCUCAUUGCGAGAAGCAAAGCUACAGGGAACCAGGCAGAGGGCCUUCUCGGUAGUGGCGCCCGCCCUGUGGAACGCCCUCCCAUCAGAUGUCAAAGCAAUAAAUAACUACCUGACAUUUAGAAGGCAUCUUAAGGCAGCCCUGUUCAGGGAAGCUUUUAAUCUGUGAUAUUUUACUGUAUUUUUGUUUCUAUGGAAGCCGCCCAGAGUGGCUGGGGAAACCCAGCCAGAUGGGCGGGGUACAAAUAAUAAAUUAUUAUUAUUAUUAUUAUUAUUAUUAUUAUUAUUAUUAUUAAAAGAUGCCCAUUUAAAAUUCAUAGACAGUAACCCUUAUCUACUUCUGAGUAGGUGCGGUUAGGGUUGUUUUUUUAAAAGAAAUUAUUUAAUAGGAUCUCACAUUUUGUUCAUAGAGCAUAAUUCCAUGCAGAUGCUUUGCCUGAGGUAUAAUGACUAAACAUGCUAUUAACUUUGUUUUUUUAAAUAAUACAUUUCAGAUAGCUUGAAUACUCCAAGAAAGAGGUGUGUAGGAAUGCUGGAUUUAGGAGGUGGCUCAAUUCAGAUCACAUUUCGCCCAAGCACUAAGGUAACAAGAACACGGGUCGCCUUAGUCAUGUCAGUUGUAAUGAACGACCAAUUGAUGUGUUGCUUUUUUCCCUUUGCUCUGCUUCCAGUUUGAUUUUUGAGUGUCAAACAUAUUGCUUGGAGUGUAUAUUCAGAACUUUGUGCUUGAGAAGAAGCAGGUUGACCUUUCAUUCCGGCAUUUUUCCCCUCAAGGCAACACUUUGCCCUGGGCUUUAAGGCUGUAGAGCUGAACACACGAACUUUUACCCUAGUAUGAUUCAGUAACUUUGUGAUAUGGACUGUUCGGUGCUAUUUAUCCAUGCAAGUUUUUCCACAGAGUUCACGCAAUGCCCUCAUCAAAACGCCACCCCUUAUCCCUGCCACCCACCACUUCAUCUGGACUUACUGUUUCUGUGUUAUUGUUGUUGUUGGGGGGAAGGAAACGUGGAACAUCAUUUUGUUGAGGAGGGUGUCAUGUGGCUGCUGUGUAAAACAUAUGGGCGUGAGCACCACCAGCUCCACAAGAAACAGUCAUACUUUAUCAUAAGUGAUAUUCUUAAACUGACCUACCUCAUAGGGUGGUUGUGAGGGUAAAAUAGGGAAAGGGAUGGAACUUCCCCUGAGUCCCUGUCAUGGGAAAACGGAAAGAUAUAAAUUAAUUAAUUAAAAACAACAAUAAUAUAUGAGCUCCUUAAAGGAAAGGUGAGAGAGAGAUGUAAUAAACUUUCAGAUAUUUCAGAUCUACUACCAGUUCUAAACAUGUAUGAGCCACACUUUGUCAUUUAUUUGAAAUGGAAAGUGCCAUUAAAAGGGGUUGGUAUUUCAUCAGGUUUCCAAACACACACAAUAACCUGCACAUUCUUUUUUCUACAUUCAACCUGAUAGGAUGCUCAAAGCCAAGUUUUCCCGCUUUUUUUUUAUGGUAUUUACGAUGCCUGGCUACAUAAAGACCAUAAAGUUCUAAACCCAUCAGAACACUCUUGUUCAACACUCCUGAAAUCAUUGAGUUUAUUAUUCUGCUUUGCUUUGUAUGGAGCAUUCAUGGAGUGUUCAAUUUCUUUCUCUUUAUAGACCGCCCUGGAGAGCUCCCCUGCUGGUCGCAUCACUUCAUUUCAGAUGUUUAACACCACAUACCAGCUGUAUUCACACAGGUUAGUUGUGAGUAGGAAUGGGCAAGUCUAUCCAUUUUAGUUUCUCAUUUUUCCAAUCUAAAAUUCCGUUCAACACAUUUCCCCAUUUUUAAAGGUCCUUGUGAAAAUUCACCUGCAUUUCAAUUGUGAAUUUCCCCUAUUAUCUUCUUUGGUGACCACGCAUAGCCGAGUAAGAUUGUCUUCCAUGAACACGGUCUUAACAGUGAGUCCGUAAGUGACUGUGGAGGCCAAUUCUGGAUCCACAUGUCCUUCCACAGUGGGGACAUAGGUUUCCAGGUGGGAGUUGAUCAUGGCAAGGGUUUGCCAAACGUGCCUUCCUCUUAGCACAUUUCUCCCUUACAUCCUGAGUUCGAGUAUCUUCAAAGUCCAUGACGCCUUUGGUAAAAGCUGUUCUCCAAUUGGAGCACUUGCAGGCCAGUGUUUCCCAAUUGUCAGUGUUUAUACUGUAUUGCUUUUUUAAAAAUUUGCCUAAUACACACAUCUAUACAAGGUGACAGUCCCUAAUAUUUCUGGGUUUUUUUUGUAAGGAUGUGUCCUCGCGCCAACGCUAUUUAAUUUCUAUAUCAACUCUCUAGCAGUAAAUAUGGCGAAAGAAAAUGCCCACCCUCCCAAACUGGCAGGUAUUCCCAUCCCGGUGCUUCUGUAUGCGGACGACGCAGUCCUACUCUCCUUUUCCUGCAUUGGCCUGAGGAAGCUUUUGAGAUCACUUGCUGACUAUUGUCAAGCGGAACAACUAUCAAUAAAUCACAGCAAAUCUAAAAUUAUGGUGUUUUCAAAAAAGAAGGAAACACAAAUGGAGAAUUAAUGGUCAACCUAUUGACCAGGUAGCAACUUUCAAAUACCUGGGAGUAACUUUUCAGGAAAGGGUCUCGUGGCAUCAACAGAUGAAAACGCCAUUGCCAACGCAGGAAGGGCUAAUAAAGCCCUUACAAGAUUUUUUCACGGGAAAGGGGUAAAUACGUUCCGGCGGCCUCCCAGGUUUUUGCUGCAAAAAUACUCCCACAACUUACUUAUGGAUCCCAGGUUUGCAGUUUUAAAAAUUUUGCGCCUAUGGAGGCAUUUCAAACAAAAUUCUAUCGGUGUUUAUUGGGGAUCCCCCCCUGUGUAUCUAAUAUAGCUGUCCGCUUAGAAGUUGGACAACCACCCGUUAAUGCGCGGCUGUGGAUUCUAAAGAUACACUACUGGUUAAAACUUAUUUUUUCCCGGCCGGUUUGGCUCCUUUAACACUCUUAGACACCUUUCAUUCCACCUGGAAAGCUUCCCUGUUUGAAAAGAUAAGAAGCCUGGGAUUCUCCCCGCAGAUCUUGAUAGCGGCAGGAUAUGAGAGAGCCAGAAGUCAAGUGCUCCAACGCAUUAGGGACAUAGAGCUGCAAUGUCAUAUGGGCAAAAUGGAUAAACAUGCCAUAAUUAGAGACUUUGGGAGAGGGUUCUCACCCGCAAAUUAUUUGGCUGAUUUACAAAUACCUAAGUACAGACACUCCUUUACCCUGGCCAGAUUUAACGUUCUGCCCUCUGCCCUGCUGCUAGGCAGAUAUGAGGGCAAACCAUAUGAGUCACGUGUUUGCCCAUGUGGCUCAUCGGAAGUGGAAACAAGUCUGCAUGUAUUGCUGCACUGUAGUUACUAUGAGGAUCUACGUUUGACCUUUAUUGCCCCAGUUCUACAAAAGCUUAAAAAUGAACCAGAACUCCAACGUAUGAGAGCCUUGGUAGAAGAUAAGGUUUCUGAAAUUACGAUCAAUGUGGCCAAAUUUUGUGUAGCCGCUAUUAGGCGCAGGAAACAAGAGCUUUCCAAUGGCAUUACGCAGGCGAAGGCAAAUACUUAAUUUUUUAUUUAUGCUGUCUAAUUUUAAAUUGCAGUUAUGUAUUGAAAUUGUCCUUUGUUUUUUCCGGUGUUAUGCUUAGCUGACUAGCUGUACGAGUUAAUCUGGUCUGUGACCGUUUAAUAAAUUUGAUUUGAUUUGAUUCUGGUUUUGUACAAUACUUUCACUAAUACAUGCAUUUUUAUGCACACUUUACCCUGGUGUAUCCUAAGAGAUCGCCUUUUUUCAUAUAAAACAUAGUUUCUAUCUCUGGAGCAAAAAUCAAUUGUUCAUAUUUUCUGACAGUUUAAAACCUUAAUAGAUGCCAACCUAAUUGCCAACUUAAUAGCUGCCAAUAGCAGAUUCUGUUUCUGUGUGUGUAUUAUUUACAGUGGUACCUCUGGUUAUAAUAAUAAUAAUAAUAAUUUAUUAUUUAUACCCCGCCCAUCUGGCUGGGCUUCCCCGGCCACUCUGGGCGGCUUACAAAAGAAUAUUAAAAUACUAUAAUACAUCAAACAUUAAAAGCUUCCCGAAACAGGGCUGCCUUCAGAUGUCUUCUAAAAGCCUGGUAGUUGUUGUUCUCUUUGACAUCUGGUGGGAGGGUGUUCCACAGGGAAGGCGCCACUACCGAGAAGGCCCUCUGCCUGGUUCCCUGUAACUUGGCUUCUCGCAGUGAGGGAACUGCCAGAAGGCCCUCGGUGCUGGACCUCAGUGUCCGGGUAGAACGAUGGGGGUGGAGACGCUCCUUACGUACUUAAUUCGUUCCAGAGGUCCGUUCUUAAGCUGAAACUGUUCUUAACCUGAAGCACCACUUUAGCUAAUGGGGCCUCCCGCUGCUGCAGCGCUGCCACCGCCGCACAAUUUCUGUUCUCAUCCUGAAGCAAAGUUCUUAACCAGAGAUACUAUUUCUGGGUUAGCAGAGUCUGUAACCUGAAGCGUAUGUAACCUGAAGCAUAUGUAACCCGAGGUACCACUGUAUUUAGAGACGACCCUUAACGGAUACCAUGUAACAAUAAAAAUGAGCUCUGCCUCAGUGCCAAGAGUGUUGUGUUUGAUCAUGUUUUACCUCCUCCCCAGUUACUUGGGACUUGGAUUGAUGUCGGCAAGGCUGGCGAUUUUAGGAGGAGUUGAAGGUCAAGCCUGUAAGUAUUGCACAUUAAGCUUGAGUGAUGGGGAUUUUAGAUUUUUAGAUGCUUCUGUUUUACCUGAGCUUUGUGCUAUAUAGAUAACUUAACCAAAUAGCAACCCAUCUUUGUAGAUAAGGGAUCUUGCCAGCUUUUCUUUAUACUGUGUCUGCUUGAAAGCUAGAAAAUUGAUGCUAAAAUUAUAUCUAUUUAGAUCAUUUUGUCUGAAAAAGAUAAGAUUCCUGCUGCCUCUCAAGUAAAGGAUGAAGGUUGUGCAGUUGUAGGAACAGGAUUUAAAUGUUCUGAGAUUUGUGUGGCUGAAUAGAGGGACAGGGAAAUGCUUUGUGGAUGGGGAAGAUCAAGAUCUCCAUAUGAACUCUUUCCCCUUGUGUCAGUGCAUUUCUUUCCCUUUUACAGUAAAGGAAGGUGAAGAUCUUACAAGUUCCUGCUUAUCGCCUGGUUUCCAGGGUGAAUGGGAGCAUGCCAAGAUAAUAUACAAAAUUAAAGGGCAGAAGGCAGGUAUAGUAACUGGUCAUCUCUUCAUUUGGUAAUGCACAUUUCCCUUCAGUAUCUCCAUUAACUUCAAUCGGGAAUCGCCAGAGUGGCAUGGGAAAGGAGAGAAUUUUGAAAGUGGAAGGGGAGAAUUUACUGAAUUCUGUGCCCUGCCAGUGAUUACACUUUAGAGAUAUUGGGUCCUUAUUUAAUCAGAAUGCUCUAUACUGGGAUUUCGUACUUCUGUUAAAUAAUAUUAGAUAUGUACUGUUGCCUUAUAACUUCACUUGUUUACAAUUGAACAAUGUUCUAAAACUGUUUACUCGGCGAAUCUCACAUACUUGAAUGUCGUCACUAAAGUUGAAUUAUUAAGGGUGGUUUCCCCCCUGCUUUUAGGAAAACCUCUCUUCGAAUCAUGUUCUGAUGAAAUAGCAAAACUGAUCAGCACGAAGGUUCAUAGGACAGAUGAAGUAAAGGAUUUGGAUUUUUAUGCCUUUUCCUACUAUUACGAUUUGGCAGUGGAUGCUGGCUUAAUAGGUAAAAUUGCUUUUGAUUUCACUAGUAAUAUAAAGGUGAUUGACAGUAGUGUUCUUGUUUGAGAUUUAGGGACAUGCGAAACUGCCUUAUACAGAGACCAUUUGGUCCAUCUAGCUCAGUACUGUCUACACUGGCUGGCAGCGACCCUCCAGGAUUUUAGGCAGGAGUCUUUUCCAGACUUACCUGGAGAUGCCAGUGGGAAUUGAACCUGGAACUUUCUGCUUGCAAGGCAGACACUGAGCCACUGAGCUAUGGCCCUUCCCAAGGUGAGACAAACUCCCAUAUGAAAUUGCUGAGCUAAAAUUCAUGUGUAGAUAUGACACAGUGGUCUGAAGAGAGAUUGGGAGUGACUAGCUUGCUACAGAAAGCAGCUAUUCUUUGUUAGGUGUUAAUGUACCCUCUAUAAAUUUAAAUGCAGUUGGAACUGAGUCACUCCCAGAUUUAGCUGGCUCUUUUACUUUUCCCACUGGGUUUUUGCUUUCAUUCAACACUGCAUAGUAAUGGUGAUCACAUUUAGACUUUGUAUUGCUGACUCCACUUUGUAAUAAUACUCCUGUCCUAUACUGUACUCUUCUAUACUGCGCUAUUAUACUGUAUGAGAGCCAGUCUGGUAUAGUGGUUAGUGUGUUUGACAAGGACCCCGGAGACCAGGGUUCAAAAACCCACUUGGCCAUGAAGCUCAUGGGUGACCUUGGGCCACUUACUGCCUCUCAGCCUAACCUUCUUCACAGGGUUGUUGUGGAGAUUAAAUGAGGAGGAUUAACUGUGUACACAACCUUGAGCUCCUUGGAGAAAAAAAGUAGAAUAUAAAUGCAGAAAUAAAUACUCCAUCUAAGCCUGGCCGUCAACUGCAGAUAACACACUUUUGCAUCUCUGAGAUAGGUUUUGGCCCAUGAUGAAAUUUUAAGCCCCAACCAAUUUUUUAGUGUGUAUGGCACUACAGGACACCUUAUGGGCUGCAACAGAGUCGAGACCAGUUCUGAAAUUUGUCACCAUUAACCCUACUAGCUAAUUUUCUAAAAGCAAGUAUAGUGGAAGAGGAUUGAAUUCAAUAGACUUCUGAUUCUUUUUGUUCCUACAAGUCAGCUUUAUAUAAACUGACUUCCUCCUGCUUCUGACUCCCAAGAAGCAUUAAACUUCCUGAAUUUACCAGGGACCUCCUUCGAUCUCUCUCUGGAGUCCCAUUGUCAGUGACAGAUUAUUAUUAUUAUUAUUAUUAUUAUUAUUAUUAUUAUUAUUAGUUUAUUUAAAUUUGUAUACCACCCUUCAUCCAAAGAUCCCAGGUCUGUUCAUAACAGAAAAAUACAAAAUGAGAAUGCAAAAAUGAUCCCAGGAAGGCUUGCUUUAUGCUUCAUAUUUUGUGCUCUUCACCCUUCACUGCAGUCCUUAUUGCAUCACAUUACAAUGAAAGAGCAUAAUGUGGUUCUCUAGCACAACUGGGAUGGCUGUAAACAUAGCCUCUUUGUUGCCAGCAUACUGUUACAACUGAACACAAAACUGUUAAGAGGUGUAUUUUGCGGCAUCACUUCCAGAGGCCAAAGUCUGCUGUUUUUCCCGUCAUUCUUAGGAGCAUUAGCAGUGAUGCAUCCAGGCAGCUCUGCUCUGUCUCAGUACUUCCCAUCCCCACAGUCAAGGUAUGUAGGGUGCUUUGACUCAUGUUGUUCCACACCCCAAAACUGGUCCACAUGGCUGGCAGAGAUUGAGACAGGAUUAGUGUGACCAGUACGGUUGACAUAGCUGGCUUCUUGUGGUGGGAUGUAAAGAGAAGUACCUGCCUUCUUCAGAACUGCAUCUUUCCUGGAUGUGCACUCUAGCAAUUUAAUUAGGAGAACAGAAAACCUCUUAACCUGUGCUUGCAUGCAUUCUUUCUUUCUUUUUUAUGUGGGGUCAUUCUGGCUAGAUAGUUGUGCCAUGGUGGGAGAGGAAAAAAGCUAUCGCUGCACCAAACGCAACCUGCAGACCAUAAUUUAUUCAGUCUCAAUACAAGACAAACUAUGUAGAUUCUGCCUCUAGUAAGGGCCUGGAUCUCACUGAUGAUAAACUUGAGUCUCGUCUGUUCCACAAUGGACUACAACUGAGGACUCAAAGAAAGGAAUGUUCAUCCAUGUAGAAGGCUAGAUCUUGGAAGGAAGACCUAACUAUAUUUCAGUGUACAUCUUUGCCCCUCCCCCCCACCCAGCAUGCUAGUUUUCUAUGUGCAUUUUUCUGAAUGGAGGAGCAUUUAAUUAUGUUCAGUCUGAAAGCCAGACGGGUUUGCCUCCCUCACUGAGCUCUAAGCUAAAAAGUUCAGUUUGAAAUGCACAGAGCAAUUACUGCUUAAAUUAUGCAUUUAGACUACCUGUAGGUUGGGUGUUGUUCCAGCACAACUCUUCCUUCUCUUCCUCUGCAACUGAAGAGCCCCUUUUUUCUCUUUAGAUAAUGAAAAAGGAGGGACCCUAGCAGUUGGUGAAUUUGAAGCUGUUGCAAAGAAUGGUGAGCCACUUCGUCUUUCUAUUUGCUUGCUUAUGUGUGAACAAGGAAUGCAUCAUUAAAAGGUUGACAGUUAAAACUGUAUCCCACCUGAGGACCAGCACUGAAAAUGUCAUUGUUGCUAUUAUUAAUUACCCACCCUUCAACCUAAGAUUCCAGGGUGGGUUGCAACAUUAAAACACAGUAUUGAAAACAGUAUAAAAAAACUUACCAUCAGAAAAAUAAGGUGGGUCCUAAAACUAUACACCUCAAGUGGCAAAAAUAUUGUGGAAAUACAAUCUGCUUUUUACAGCUCAUUUUUCUGUUUCUAUCCCCAAAGUGUGUAAAACCAUGGAAGAUCAAGAAGGAGCGCAUCCUUUUCUCUGCAUGGAUCUCACAUAUGUCAGUUUGCUUUUGGAAGAACUAGGUUUUCCAAAGAGCCACGUUCUUAAGGUAAUCAUUCUUAGCCACUGUAUUUAGAGCUAAAUGUGAGAAGAGGCUAUCUCACAAAACAAGCAUUAAUUCUGCAGGUUUUGAAAAGGGAGGCACAUACAGCAGUAUUCAACUAACAUGUCUUGCAUAAUAGAAUCUCCCCUCUUCUUUUCCUCCUGCUCAUGCCUCACACCCUCCCCAAAUCUGCUGCAGAGGGCUGGGAAACCCCUAGAACAGAUUAAGGUAACAGGAGAAUUCCAUUGUGCAAACAGAAAUCCUUGUGUUGAUGGAACAUUCACGUAGUGCUACUUUGAAUACAGCCCUACUUGCAAAUUUCCUCAUUUAGAGUUGCCUGUGCAGUAUCUUGAAAUCUUGGUUUUGUUUUUUAAAAAUAUUUUUCAUCUUGUGACAACAAGGGCUUCAGUUAGUAGACCACAAAGAGCUGGGGGUGGUGGGAGUGGUGGAAGAGAAGAGACUGAGGACUCUGCAGGAAGGAGGGAGUUUUGCUCAGAAUAUUACAGCUCCAGCACCAAUUGCACACCAAGUUCUUAAACUACGAAUCACACUGCUAUUUGCAUACUAAUUUUUAACACAUGCAGAACUUAUUUGGAACACUCCAUUGACUUUCCCCUUUUCCCAUUAUGUAAGCUAGGUGUCUACUGGAUUACAUGACCGUGUUGAUUUAGAGAGCUAGUGCACACAUGCAUAUUCAUCAUUUAACUGAAAUGUCAAGUGUUAGCUUGUACUUCUGAAUGGGCCAUCAUGGCUCCUACAAACUCGGAGAACUUACAUAUCACCUGAGGCAAAACACAUUUUAAUAGAGUUGGCUUGCAUAUACAACUGCAAAUCAUGAAGUACAGAGGGGCCAAGUGACAACUGUGUGACGCAGGCAAGAGAAACAUAAUCAUUUCCAAUAUCUUUGUCCACUUUUCAUUUUAGCUUGCUCGAAAAAUCAACAACACUGAAACCAGCUGGGCUCUGGGAGCUAUACUUCACUAUAUGGAUUCACUUCACAAACUGCAAUAUUAGGGCUUUGGGAGCCUUGGGGAUGCAGUGAAUCUGGGAGGAUGUGAUGUGGCAGCAUUGUGGAAGCUAAGCAGGUGUGGACCUGGUCAGUUCCUUGGACCGGAGACUACUGGAAGCUGCACUACUGGAAAACUACUACUGUAAAAGCUAUACAUAUGUGUGUGUGUGUAUAUUUCAUAAAUACAUUUCAAAAGGCCUUGACCUCUUUCAGCAGGGAACUCGGGUGCUAGUUUUUGGUAGCUUAACAUACCACUACUCUGUGAAAUUGUGUACCUUUCUAAAAGUGUCACUUAAAGUCGGGGAUGGUGGUUCUGAAAAGGACUAGGCCAUGGCAGCUGAGAUCCAAGUCUUGGGCAACAUACCUGAGCUGAAAUGGAAUGAAUGCAAAAAUCACCCUGGGAUUCAUGAUGAGAAUAUAGUCAUGUUCUUCAGACUGCCAGGGGUACCUCCUUUCUCCUCCUCUGUCCACAUUUCCUAGUUUUCUAUACUUUGGGGACAGUUCAUUCCCUCCAUGGCAGAAUUUCUACAGUGUUUGUCAUCAGGGAUUUGGUCAGCCUUAUUGUCACAGCUUUUCAAUGACUGGCAGCUUGAGGAAGGUUUCCUCCCCUUCCAGCUGUCCAGCAUCACCUGAUCCUUCAAUCAAGUGCUGACUCUACCUCCAGGAGGAGUUAACUCUUUCUUGCAUGCUUCGCUCCCCCACUGACCAGGAGGAAACUUCACAGCAAGCCAAACCUGCCAUUCUCUAUCAUGUUCUACAGUCUCUAUGAGAAAAGCACAUCAUCCUCAGGCAGGCUUUUUGCCUUUCCAGCAAGCAUUCUGAACCUAGUCUCAGAAACAAGUGUGACUUUUAUAUUGCAGUGUGUGCGUGCACAUUUGGGGGAAUUGCUUUACUUUUCUUAAAUGUAUAGAAACUAACAAAUGAUGUCUUUAAAAAAAUAUUUUGCUUUGUCCAAGUUUACCAGUAGGCAUUGAGAUUUAUCUUCUGAAACUCAGCAUUUCUGUUCUUCAUAGUCUGUACCAUAUUGGGUUAUUUUGGCGGUGUUCUGGUGGUUUUAAGGCCUUUCUCACAAUCUGAAGCCAGUUGGUGUCUCACUUGCUAGCAGCACACUGAAUUCUUAUUGCUGAAAUUGAGUUGAUUUUUAAAUGAAAGGUUAAUAGCAAACUUCUGCCCUCUCCUUAAUGUUGAUGGCAGAAAGAAAGGUGGUUAAAAUGGCAUGUUGGUGUCUCUCUGCUGGAAGGUGGGUUUUGUCAUGAUGGAGACCCCAGUUGUGACCCAACCAUUGGUUGUCCUACCAAUGAUAGCAAGCAGCCCCCAAACCUGUCUUUCUUAAAAAUCUCGUUUAUUUGAAAAUAUUAAAACCAGCCUGUGACCGUUCUUGCUAUUUCUUCCUUUUUUCCAAUCUUAUAGAACCCUCUUUAAAUUCAAGAAGAUCUCUGUAUAUUCCCCAGUUCUUUUUCCAUAUUUAGUUUUUUACAGCAACUGCCUCCAUUGGGAUAUCCAGCAUGGAGUCUUACUUCUAGGAGAUCCUUAUGCCUUACUCAGACACGAUACAUACUCUUUCUGAUCAUGUUAGAGAAUCCCUUGUGAACUUCAGCUUUAUCAUAAUACAGAUAACAUUGCCACCCAUACACUAGAUCAAAUCAUUUUAAGUCCAAGAUACCCGCAUCUUUCAAAUCCAUCUACUCCUUCAUCCGGCCCAGACAGGCUGCCUCAUAAUACAUUUUUAGGUCCAGCAGGGCAAACCCCCCUAUAUUCUUUGUGCCAAUUAAAAUUUUGUAUUUAACCCUAGGUUUUUUUCUCUUGCCAGACAAAAUGUGUUAUAUCUUUUUUCCAUUGUUUAAAGCAGUUGGUAUUUCUGAUCACAGGCAGGGGUUGAAAUAGGAAGAUCAUUUUUGAUGACACAUUCAUUUUAAUUGCAACGAUUCUUCCUAACUUUGCGAGGUUAACUCAGUUCCAUUUCUCCAUGUCUUUCUUAACUUCAAUCCAAGUUUUAUUACACUUGUCUUGGACGAGGUUUAAUUUUUUAGAGGCGAGCCAUACCUCCAGAUACUUAACUUUCGUUUGAACAUGGAUUACAGAAAACAGGGCUACAACUUAAGGGUGAAACUGCACAUUAUGAAGCACGUUUGAUUUAAAUAAGAAGAAGAAGAAGCAUGAGGAGAGGGGGACUUAUUUUCAUUUGGAUUGUGGUGUACAGGGAAAAGGAGUUUAGCCUUUUCUUUCCCCACCACAAUUCCAGUUAAAAACUGCCUUUCCUCCCUGCAACAAGCUGCUGUUAGCCUGAGAGGGAAACACUUGCACUGUUGUCAAUGGGGAACUUUCCCCUCUGGGCUAAAAGGGGUGGGUGGAGGUGCAGUUUUAGUCUGCAGAGGAAGAAACAGUUAAACUUCUGCUCCCCUGCAUACUGCAGUCCUGACAAAAAUUGCACUUGCUGCUGUAUAGUUACUUUUUAAAAAACCUGACUUGGUUCCUAAUGAUGUACAGUGGUGCCUCGCAAGACGAAAUUAAUUCGUUCCGCGAGUUUUUUCGUCUAGCGAAUUUUUCGUCUUGCGAAGCACAGUGUCGGAAAAGUUAUUGAAAAGCUUCAAAAAUCACCAAAAACCUCAAAAAAGGCUACCACACCACGUUCUAUGAGUUGCUCCUCGAAGUCAAGUCGCAACUGUAUUAACGGUGUUAAGAAAAAGGAAGGAAACUUGCAAAAAACGCAAGACGUUUUCGUCUUGCGAAGCAAGCCCAUAGGGAAAUUCGUCUUGCGAAGCAGCUCAAAAACCGCAAAACCCUUUCGUCUAGCGAGUUUUUCGUCUUGCGAGGCAUUCGUCUUGCGGGGCACCACUGUAUUCGCAGAACAGAUUUUAUUCAAAAAUUGUCAUUUCUCACCUGCAAGCUGAAAUGGGGCAGUUUGUUCUGUUGCCAUGCUCUGCUUCCGAGGUAGAAAAAGCCUUGGCUUCUUCAGAACUCUGCCUCUAUCAAAAGAGGCAGAACCCACAGUCAAAGAUCACUUUCUGGAAGCUCUAGCACCAUCACAAAUCAAGCACACUUGAGCACUUUCCUCCACACCAGCAAGUUCUCAUUAUACCACUGAAGAAGCAUGCAGCCAUGUACCCGCCAGUGCUAGCUAAACUUAAACUGGUAAAUAAUUCCCACAGAGUCCACUAGGACUCAUUUCAAGUAAACAUGGUUAGGAUUAGCUUGCAAAGUGAACAGACAAAAACCAGUCAUAAAGCUGCCUGGAUAUAGUUUUUAAGUACUGGGGAAGUUCCCCAGGGCAAUAAAUGUUCUGCUUAUUGUUUAAAAAGGGAAAAUGGGACAACCCAAUUGGCAUAGGAUGACUGGAAGAAAGAACAAGGGUUAAGCUAGAUCAAAUAGCCUAGAAUGAGCGAAGAUAGGGAUCGCCUUGAAAAGUGGGUUAUUGGACUGAUUACAGAAGGUGCCUUCAAUGUGUUUUGGGGCAAUAUUUUCAGAAAGCUAUUACCUUGAGGCUGAAGGUUCUAAGCAAGGUGGUGAAGUCAAAUUAAUGCCUUCAUUAAGAGUUACGAUAUUCGUGUCAGUAGCAAACUAUUUGUUUAUGUAGUUCCAUCAUUGUGCAUAGUGCUUUGCAAAGUACAACAGGAAGGAUCCUGGUCCUAGAGGACUUAUGUUGUUGUUGUUUAGUCGUGUCCGACUCUUCGUGACCCCAUGGACCAGAGCACACCAGGCACUGCUGUCUUCCACUGCCUCCCGGCAAGCCACUCCAGCAUCCCUGCCAAGAAAACUCCAUGGACAAAGACAACAGAGGACUUAUAGUCUAUAUAAUUGAGCGCAGGAAGACGGCAGAGGAAAGGGAGCUAAAUUAACACUAAUAGGUAUACCUGGGACUUGCACCUUUUUGCUCCCUGCACCUGUAAGAAAAGUGGAGAUUGCUUGCUUAAUGUUCUUGGAAGAAAUUUCUGAUGGCUCAGAGCUGUUAAAAACAAGCUGUCCCACCGCAUAAAACAUAGGAAAGGAAAUAGAACCCAAGGUUAAGGGGGUUAUUCAGUUGCUUCUGUUUUUAUUUUGAUUACACAUGUUGUGUUCUUAUAUCGUGAUUUUAUCCUGUGAACCGCCCUGAGACCUCCAGGUGUAGGGCAGUAUAUAAAUGUAAUAACUAAUAAAAUAAUCAU